AUGAGAGUAGGUGAAGUGACUUUUCUUGAAGACAAAGAUUUUUUUCAUUUUAAAAAUGAAUGUAUCAGUGAUGACGGUUGGAAUGUAUGCUAUGAUAAAUCAGCGUGCCGAGUAUCAACUAAGAAAAAUUCCUUGUCCAACUUUGAUGUUCUUCGUGUUCAAUCAGAAUAUAGUGACAUUUCAGCUGAACUACUUUAUGAUGUUAUACAUGAUGGUGAUUAUCGUCCAACAUGGGACACAGCUAUGUUAGAAGGAUAUGAAUUGUGCGCAGUCGCACAUAAUAGUGAUAUUGGAUAUUAUUCAAUGAAAAGCCCACCACCAUUUUCAAAUCGGGACUUCGUUACACAACGAUCUUGGCUCGAUUGGGGACAUGACCACGAUAAAAUUAUUAUCAAUCAUUCUGUAAAUCAUUUACGUGAACCACUGCGUAAAAAUUGCGUACGUGGAAUUUCGUACUUAACUGGUUAUCUACUUGUGCCAACGGGACCGUCAUCAUGUAAAUUCUAUUAUAUGACACAAUCUGAUCCUGGAGGUAAUUUACCAGCAUGGGUAGUCAAUAGAGCAUCUAAGGUUUUUGUACCUAAAUUGAUGAAAAGAUUAGCUAAAGCAUGUAGUAAAUAUGAGAAAUGGAAAGCUAAAAAUCAACCAUCAUUUAAACCAUGGUUAUUUCCCGAACAAAUGAAUGUAGGAAAUUACAAUCCAGCCGAUGUUGGACAACUUGAUACGAAAGAAACAUUAACUGCAUCGGCUAAUAAUAAUGAAGCAGCUGUUCAAGAAAAUUCUGUUCCAGAUACUAAUUUAGAACAAGAUGAUUAA